AUGCCCGACAACGAUCGAUCGCUCCAGUUUGAGAGCUUGUCGAUUCAUGCGGGAAAGGAUGUGCACAAUGUUCACACGGGGACUGGAGCAGUGACAACUCCAAUCUAUGCGUCUACGUCAUUCACGUUCAAUGAUUCUCAACAUGGCGCUGAUAUCUUUGCCGGACGCGCCGAAGACUACGCCUACAGCCGGCUGGGAAAUCCAACCCUAAGUGUACUCGAACAACGCGUAGCUGUGCUUGAAGGCGGUGCGGCUGCUCUUCCCGCGGCGUCAGGGGAGGCUGCUCGUUGGAUGGCCAUCGCCGGUCUUGCUAUGGCCGGGGAGAAUAUUAUAGCAGCAGCCACCAUAUCCGAAGACGCAUAUACUCAUUUCAAGUUCCGAUUUCCGUCGCAUGGCAUUUCAGUCAAAUUUGUAAACAUUAACGACAUUGAUGCAGUUCGCAACGCGAUAGAUGAACAGACCCGUGCCAUAUAUAUCGAGAGCAUUAGUAGUGUCAGUCUAGAGAUCGCCGAUAUUGAAGUUGUAGCAUCCGUGGCCCAUGCAGCCGGUGUUCCUCUUGUUGUUGACAAUACUGCCGGCGCCGCUGGCUAUCUCAUCCGACCUAUCGAUCAUGGUGCCGACAUUGUCAUCCACUCUUCAUCCGAGUGGAUAACUGGUUCUGGUACGACAGAAUCUGGACUGAUCGUUGAUAGCGGGAAAUUUCCCUGGAAAGAAAACCAGGAUAGAUUCCCUCAUCUUACCACGCCUUCUCCCGGUUAUCACGGCUUGAACUUUGUCGAGCAGUUUGGAAACAUUGCGUAUAUCUUAUAUAUACGGAUGGCUAUUCUGCGUGACGUCGGACCCUGUCUGAAUCCAUUUGCGGCGGCAUUUGCUCUAGCGGGCCUCGCUAGUCUGUCUCCCAGAAUCGACCGACAUAAUUCCAAUGCAUUGGCCCUUGCGAAAUGGCUGGAAGGAAAUGAAAAGGUCGGGACUGUCAUUUUCCCCGGUCUGUAUUCAUAUCAGGCUACCAGUCAGGUUGCGAAGUAUCUCCGGCAAAAGGAAGGCUACGGUGCGAUCUUGCAUUUUACACUCAAGACAUCCAAAUCGGAAGAUGCCAAGACGUUGGUUGGGAAUUUAAAAAUGGUGGGAUUUUCUGAUGGUCUAGGAACUGCCCAAAGCCUUGCAUAUGUCCCCUAUGCGGGUCUAGCCUCCCGACCAGGUAUUUCAGCAGUGGACGAUGCCACGAUUCGUGUAUCAGUAGGACUUGAACACUCGGAUGAUAUUAUCGAAGACUUUAAAAAAGCACUUGAAUCAAUCUGA